AUGGGAGUUUACUUCAAGAAGACCGAGAAUAACCUCUAUGUCCCACGAGCAAUACUCACCGACUCUUGUCCGAUUACGGCGAAUCUCAUUGACUGCAGACCCAUAAUCAAAGCAUUCAGCCGGAAGAGACAGAUAUUCGGUCAGCACAGCUUUUCUAACUAUUGGGCGAAAGGAUUCUACAGUGCAGAAGGAGGCGACAUGGUGGAGAAAAUCAUCGAUAUUGUCCGCCUUGAGGUCGAAGACUGCGACAACCUCCAGGGCUUCCAGAUGACGCAAAGCAUCGCUUCUGGCACUGGAGGUGGCAUGGCCAGUCGACUCUUGGGCCGACUCGCUGAAGAGUAUCCGGAGGCAUCGCGAGCGACCUAUGCCAUAAUGCCGACGUAUUCCUCCCCUGAUGGAUGCAUGAUUAGACCCUAUAAUACCACUCUAACACUACAUUAUCUGACUGAAUUGACGGAUUUGGCGACCUUGUUCAGCUACCGAGCCAUGGACGACAAAAUCAUAAAUCAACUGAAGAUGGAUCAUUCCUUCGUACGCUACAAUCGGGUAGUAGCGGAUACUAUUCUAGGCGCAACGACCUCAUUGCGUUUUCCAAGCCACAGAGAUGUGGAUCUGAUGCAGCUUAUUGAACAUAUGGUCCCAACGCCGCGGAUGCACUUCUUAACCUCAGCAAUGAUACCGGUAUAUGGCAGCCAGGGACAUACGAAUAUGGCAGAUUUGACAAUGGCGCAAGUAGCCCAGGAACUCUCUCGAAAUAGAGUCUGGACGAUGGUGGGUAUCCAUUCCCACGAUACUGGUCGGUGCCUUGCUUACAAUGCGGCCUUCCGUGGCAAUUAUGGGUUCCAUGACACACUUACACAAUUCACUCGAGACGUCAGAGACAAAAGCAACCCAGCCUUCAUGGAGUGGAUGCCUGCUAACCCUCAUUUUUACGCCUGCACCGUUCCGACUGCUGGAUAUGAAAUUUCCGUUACAUCCACAGGAAACUUUACAUCUAUUGUAAAUGAGCUACGGAUGACCAUGGAGCACUUUGAAUCUUUGUUCAGGCGUCGGAGCUUCCUUCGCUUCUACACGGAGCAUGGGAUGGAGGAGAUGGAGUUUAUGGAAGCAGCGUUGAACAUGAAUGACUUGAUAUCUGAAUACGACAAAGCAUAA